AAUUUCGUGCGAAAUUGAAAUUCAGUUCUUUUUCACAAGAUAUUUACAACCCCCCACUAGCCCUCUCUUCUCUUAGCCUCUCACUCGAAUCGUUCACAAAGCGUAAAAUCACGAACACUUAGUAAUCCUUUACUCACUCUCUCUCCCAUUUUCAAACCCUACGAUCUUCGUCAAGAAUCAUUCAUGAAAGGAGGUAAAUCAAAGACUGAAACCAGGAGCUCCAAGCUCUCUGUGAACAAGAAGCCUACUAAGGGAGGCAAAGGUGCUGCUAAGGAUCCAAACAAACCAAAGAGGCCAGCCAGUGCCUUCUUCGUUUUCAUGGAGGAGUUCCGUGAGACUUACAAGAAGGAACACCCAAACAACAAAUCUGUUGCUGCUGUUGGAAAAGCUGGUGGACAGAAAUGGAAAUCCUUGUCAGACUCUGAGAAGGCUCCCUACCAAGCUAAGGCUGACAAGCGCAAGGUUGAGUAUGAGAAGAAUAUGAACGCCUACAAUAAGAAACAGGAGGAAGGUCCCAAGGAGGAUGAGGAAUCUGACAAGUCAGUGUCUGAGGUUCAUGAUGAGGAUGACGCCGAGGAUGGGAGUGAUGAGGAGGAAGACGAUGACUAAGAAGUUGGUAGCAUAAUAUAGGAGGACGCUGCAGGGAUCUCUCGGAUGUUUUAUCUCUCUUUUUUUUUAAUCUUAAAAUGUUAACGAGGCUGGUUAAAAUGUGUCUUUUUUUUUUCUUCUUUUAUCCUUUCUGAUGUUUUUAUUAAACUACCACUCUCUCCCACUGGUUCUACGGGUAAUGGAAAAGUGAAUGUAGAAUGAGAGACUUGCAGCUCUAUAUAACUUUUUAUCCCUAAGUAUGUUAUAAUCGUUAAUGCUCUUUUUA